AGAUAAAACCAAAUUUCAAUCUAAAAAGCCGAUACAUCAAAGAAAUUUUGAGAAAAAAUGUACGUAACAAGACCUCUUUCCAUGUACAAAAAGUUUCCUUCAGCUCUUUCAUCGCCUCCCCCAGAAGGUCCAAAUUCUGGUAUUUUGGUGAUCCAAGAUGAAGAAGCGGAACCUACUUGUUGUUUUGGACUGUGCAAGAGCGAUGAACUCAAGGAGCUGCCUUUCCCUCAAAACAAGAACCUCAAAACUCGCCAUUCAACUUCCUCAGGUGCUGGACAGAACCGCAGCACACAAGUCUCUUACAACCGAGUUAUCUUCAUUCCUGUUCCUAAUCUCCCGCUAUCUUCCAAUAGCUACUAUGCUAUUCAACCACGAGGGAGCCAUAAAGGGGAAGCAUUCACAAACUCAAAUGAGGAGGACUUGACAACCUGCUGUUUCUGCAACUUUGUUUCAGACAGAAAACCUCAGCCUUUCCAUCUCGAUAACAUUUAUCAGCAAUUUGAGAUUUGUUACCGCGACCGGGGAGGCUUUUACGCCAAAUCAGUGGCACCGGAUGGUUAUCCACCAGAAUUCUUGAGAAGAAAGGGAUGGACAGUGGUGACAGAAACUCCCUCUAAUUUUGACCUAAAUGAAGCACCAGGCCUUGAUAAUAACCUCCGUGCCCGCCUUCCAGAUUUCAAUUUCCCAUUAUCACACAGGAGUUCUAAACCCGUGGUGGUGGGAAAAUGGUAUUGUCCUUUCAUGUUUAUCAAAGAAGGAACACCGAAACAGCAGAUAAACAGUUCAAUGUAUUAUGAGAUGACACUUGAGCAAAGAUGGGAACAAGUGUUUGCUUGUGAAAAUAAUCAUAACGAGGACAAUGUUGCGGUUGUAGAUGCUGAAGUUCAAACAGUAGUGGUGUCAUAUGGUGGGGUUGAGGUUAUGCCUGAUGAGAAUAAUGUGGUAGAUGGGGUGAUGCGGUUCAGGAGUUCCAGCAAUGAGGGAGGAGAAAUAAGUGUGGGGUUGAGUACUCUAAUCACUGAGAGACUGAAGUGGGAGCAAGAAAGAUUUGGGUGGGUUGGAGGGAACAGGAGGCAAAUUAGAGUGAAUAGAGUAGAGCAGUUUGACGGAGUUGGUGACUGGAGGAAAUUUGGUAGCUAUGUGUUGGUUGAGAGGUAUGCAUUGAAAAGAAUGGAUGGUACCUUGGUGUUAACUUAUGAUUUCAAGCACAUUCAUCAGAUUAGGAGCAAAUGGGAAUGAGAUUUUGAGCCUUUUGUUAUACAUAAGUUAUACUUUGUCCAUUUUUAAUGUGUAUAAAAUAUGUUCUAUAUGGGUGUCUAAGACUUCAUUGUUUUAUUCAAUUCAUAGCUUUGAUUGUAAUAAGAGUUCAGUUCAAUGAAUGAAAAGUUUAUUUA